AGCGGAGGAGAUCCGGGAUAGGCCGUGGGGAGGCUCCAGGUCGGCUCUCCCACCCCCGGGACCGGCGGCCGGUGAGGAAAUCGGGCCCUGGGUGGGGGUAGCCUCGCCCUGUCGCGCCCGCCGGGGCUCUACCGCUCCGUCCUUCCCCGUCCCAGCGCAGAACUGCUGCUCAGUGAACAUCCUGUGACUUGCCUUCAUUAUGCUCAUUUCGCAUAGAGUCGUCUUCCUUGGUUUAUUGCCUUGUUUUGCUGGGGUACAUACUAAGAUUCUUUUCCCAUCUAGGUUAUCACAGAAUAUUGAGUAGAGUUCCCUGUGCUAUACAAUGUUUGAUUCUGAUUUAACCAAUCAAAUGGAAGAAUGAAGCAAUAUGAAACUGAUUGGGAUCUCUGUAUCUAGACAGGGUUCGUCAGCUGUGGUUGCAGGCUGUGAACUACAAAAACACUGAGGAAAAUGAAGUUUGUGGUGACGUGAGGGCCACAAGGUGAUAGGUGGGCAUGCAGGGAUUGGGGAGAAAGAAGGAGCAGCUGGUACAAAGACCCCAAGAUGCAGAUGCGCUGAGGAACAGAAAGAGGACCAAAGCCUCUGUUAUGCACCUAAAGCCAUACUGGAAACUCCAGAAGAAAGUGCGACCUUUGGAAAUCAUCAAGGAAACUCUGAGAAUUCCUAUGAGCCACCAACAAGCUAUAAAUGAUGAAAAAUGCAAAGCUAGCUGUAUGAAACCAAGUGUCUUUCCUUCAGCCUCUCUUGGUAAAGCAUCAUCUCGAAAGCCUUUUAGAAUCCUUUCUCCAAAUGUCCUGUGCAGUAUGAGUGGGAACAGUCCUGAAGAGAGCAGCGUGAAUGUUAAAACCAAGAAGAAUGCAUCGUCUGCAACAAUCCACCAGGGUGAGGAAGGGGAAGGGCCACUUGAUAUCUGGGCUGUCGUGAAACCGGGAAAUACCAAGGAAAAGAUUGCAUUCUUUGCAGCCCACCAGUGUAGUAAUAGAAUAGGAUCUAUGAAAAUAAAAAGCUCCUGGGAUAUUGAUGGGAGAGCUACUAAAAGAAGGAAAAAAUCAGGGGAUCUUAAAAAAGCCAAGAUACAGUUAGAAAGGAUGAAGGAAGUCAACAGCAGAUGCUACCAACCUGAGCCUUUUGCGUGUGGCAUCGAGCAUUGUUCUGUGCAUUACGUGAGUGACAACGGGGACGGAGUCUAUGCCGGGAGGCCUCUGUCGGUCAUACAAAUGGUUGCCUUCCUCGAGCAAAGAGCCAGUGCUCUGCUAGCCAGUUGUGCGAAAAACUGCACUAACUCACCUGCUGUGGUGCGGUUUUCCGGGCCAUCCAGAGGUGUGCCCCCAGCCCCCGAGCCCUUGUCUGCCCCAGGAGCAUGUGAAGAACCCAUGGAAAGGAGAAAUCCUGAGGUUGGUGAAUCACAGAGUGAGCCAGUCCAUGUCCUUGACAUGGUAGCCAGGCUGGAGUCCGAGUGCCUGAAGCGGCAGAGCCAGCGUGAGCCUGGGAGCCUCUCGAGGAAUAACAGCUUCCGUCGCAAUGUGGGCCGCGUGUUGCUUGUGAAUGGCACCCAGGCUGAGGAAAGCAAAACAAACAAAGGCGCCUUGGAGGUACCUGACACUCAGGUGAAAACUGUGGGGUCUGUAUCUGUGGACUGUGGCCCCUUAAGAGCUGACCAUUGUUCUCCCAAGGGGGACCAGGCCUGGGACGGCGCUCCUCGGGGCUGUCCCUCAUUGCCAGCAGGCGUGAGUUUGCACACGGACAGUGCAGAAUUAGAGCCAGAUCAGCAGACUGCCAUGAAAAACAGCAAUACACAUGAUGUGGAAAUGACAGAGGAACUUGUUGGGUCACCUUUUCCUCCUCGCACCUGUCCCCAAGCCAUUGAAUUGCCCCCAGAUGCUAUUGAUGGUAUGAGUGAAGAGCUUGUGCCUCUUGCUAGCCAAAAUCCUGAUCAGAGAAGAAAAGAAUCUUUGUGCAUUAGUAUCACUGUGUCCAAGGUAGAGAAAGACCAGCCUUCCAGCUCAAAGUCCUGCGAAGACCCACUUCCAGGGAUGUUGUUUUUUUUGCCAUCUGGUCAGCACCAGUCGGGCUGUUCCCAGCUGAAUGAAGGCACAACAGAAGAGUCUUCCGAGGCCAGUCAGCUUGAAGAUGCUGCUGAGGGUGACAGUGCAUCUGAGGAAAGAAGUGUCUCGGCUGAUUCAUUUGUCCCGCUGGCUUCUGUGGAAAGUACAUUGCCAGUGCUCGAGGCAUCCAGUUGGAAGAAGCAGGUGUCGCAUGACUUUCUGGAGACCAGGUUUAAAAUCCAGCAGCUUCUGGAGCCUCAGCAGUACAUGGCUUUUCUGCCCCACCACAUUAUGGUGAAAAUCUUCAGGUUACUUCCCACUAAGAGUUUAGUGGCUCUUAAAUGUACCUGCUGCUAUUUCAAGUUUAUCAUUGAAUAUUACAAUAUCAGGCCAGCAGAUUCUCGCUGGGUUCGGGAUCCACGCUAUAGAGAGGAUCCGUGCAAGCAGUGCAAGAAAAAAUAUGUGAAAGGGGAUGUGUCCCUGUGCCGGUGGCACCCCAAGCCCUAUUGCCAGGCAUUGCCCUAUGGGCCGGGAUACUGGAUGUGCUGCCACCGGUCUCAGAAGGGCUUCCCUGGCUGUAAGCUGGGGCUUCAUGACAAUCACUGGGUCCCUGCUUGCCAUAGCUUUAAUCGGGCAAUCCAUAAGAAAGCAAAAGGGACUGAAACUGAAGAGGAGUACUAAAGUUUAUGUGCGAGGCAACGGAUUGAUCUUUAAAACUGCAAACCACCACCUAGAUACGCCGUUCCAGUGAGUGUUGCCUCUCAGUCUUCGUUCCAGGAGAACCUCUGCUACUCCAUCAGGACUGCCAUUGCUCAGGCAUCUUAAAUCUCUGAAUUUACGAGCUGUACAAGAAAAUCGGUCUCAUCGUUUUACAGUGGUGCCUCAUGCUUGAUCCAGGGCUGUAUCCCACAGUUUGAUCCACUUGGCUGUGAAUAACUAUGCCUGUUUUCCCAAAUCGAAUCCUUCUUCAAAGGAUUGUUCAAAGAAGACUUGCCACCGUCAAGAAUGUUCAGCAGAGUUCAUCGCAGACUAUGCAGGCAAUCCCCAAAAAGGGGUUCUGGGCAUGUUUUGAGCACUGGCACCAUAUCUGAAAUAGGUGAAUAGUGUCCUAUGAAGAGAAUAGCAGUACUCUUGGGUGAAAAGUAUGCUUACAAAGAAAAGUUAGGCACCUUACCUUAGACCUUGUAUGCUUGAUCUGUGAGACUGAUGUUUGUGGUUGGAGAUGGAUUUCAUGCCCUGUGGUGUUUACAGUGUAUAUAAUGGUUGUGUUUUCAUAGGGCUAUGAAAGUGCACAUUAAACCUGAGCGCCUUUACUUUAGAUGAGUGCUUUUGGCCCCUCUGUAAAUAACACUAUUAAAAUCCAGGUGUAAAUAGCGGACAGCUGACUGAACAUAAUCACCACAAUGCAGCUAGGAUAGUGUUGCAGCUACAACUGUGUGGAUUUUUUUUGGUUUUUUGUUUUUUGGUCUCGUCUCAAAUUUGUAUAAAAUAUGAAUGUUUCCCAAAUAAACUAUGAAUGUUUUCUGUAUAAUAUAUGAAUGUUUCUGAGAAGAAACUAUAAAUAGUUAAGAGGUUAACCUGUUGAAAGGAUACCAAAUAAUGGUUUAACUGGACAACCUUAAAAAAUUAGCAUAGAGAACAAUCCUUUGUUAUAUUUUAGUGAUUCACCAAGAAUGAGAGAAUAUUAUAUAGUCAGAUUAUAACAUUCUUGUCUAUUUUAUUCUUUCUGUCUGGUUACAAAUUUUUUUUAACUUCAAUAAAAACAUGCAUCUUAAAUGGGA